CUAUAUGGGAGCUUGGCAAUAACAGGGGUGCCGGCGUGGGAUGCGUGGGAUUUGCGACUGAGCUCCCCACCGCGUCUUUCGAGCUCCGCGAACGCGAUACAAUGAACGACAGGCCCUUUUCGCUCCAACCGCGCCCGCCCCCGGGCCGCGGACCUCAGUCCAUCACCGAGUUUAUCCGACGUGUCAACGCCGAGCCUGGCGGCUUCCGCGGCAUCAACACCGCCGAGCUGCGCGCGCAGCUGCUCAAUCGCCAGCAAAAUGGCGACGGCGACAAUGAUGCACAUGGCGAUGACCGCGACAUCGACAUGACGGGCGCCUCCUCCGAGGCAGGCAGCGACGUUGCCGAGACCAAGGACGUCGCCAUCGCCCGCGACGAGCUGCUCCGCGCAGUGCACCAAACCCACCAGACCUCCAUGUUCGCCCUCGACUUCGUGUCGCUCCUGCUCUCCAAGGAGAACCCCGCCCAGGCCGUCGCGACGUUCAGCCCGGGACUGCGAGACAUGGUUGGCAUUGGUACCCUCGGCGCGACCAUGCUUGCCGCCCCCACGGUUCUGACGCAGGCCAGAGUGCCCGACAACAAGAUGGUGGCCAUCGGCAAGCGCCUGAUGGAUCUGAACAAGGCCGCCGACACGGCGCUGGCAGCGUCCAAGAGGCUGCAGCGCGAGAUUGGCUAUGAGACCAAGUACUGGUCCGAGGUGCUGGCCGUGAGCGAGCGUGGCUGGCAGACGUUCCGCAUGCCCAAUGAGCCGCAGACAAUGGGCGUCAAGUUCGGCUUCUCGAACGCCGCUCCCGAGUUCAAGUUGAACAGUAUCGCGCCCAUGAGGCGGGCUGCGGACGGGUCCGUACGCCUGGAGCCUGGCAAGAUGGCUCGGGGCUCCAAACGGCUCCGCGUGAGCAUCCUGGAGAACGGCGUGGUCGUCGGCAGGUCGUCGCUGCCCCGGCCGUUGCCUCCCGAUGCGCCGCUUCAGGACCGUGUCAAGGAAGCGCGCGACACCAUCUUUGCUCAGGAGCUGUGGCAGGAGAUCAAUAGGGAGCGCCGCGGUUUGAACACCCGCACCAUCGGCUUCGAGGGCUCGGUCGUGGCCUGUCCCUUGGAUGCCACAAGGUCUGCCUCGAUACAGCUUGCUACUCUGGACGAGGAAGAAGCGGCAGCCGAGGACCGCUCGGGGGAACAGGACGCCCUGGCGGACUGGUUAUGCACCACCUUCAACCUCCUGCUCAGCAACUCGCACAGAGCCAACGAACAGAGACGGUCCGAGCGAAGCCUUGACAAGGGCCCUGCCCCACCAUACUCCAUCCUCACGCCAUUAGUAACAUACUUCGAGUACGACAAGUGCGUCCAGCAGUGUGCACAGAAGCUAGCAGCAUUCAUUGCCGUUCUUCGCGGCAGCGGUCUCGGUGGUACCGUCACCAUGAAGGAGCCACCGCUGGCCCCCUUCCCCACGGUUCCGGCCUCAGAAGCCCUCGCCGCGGCCCUGCUCAAGCCGCCGCCGGUCCAGUUCGACGUAGCGCUCACUCCAGUCGGACGAGUGCGCAUCCUGCUCAGACCUACCACGUACACGUCCUCCGGCGCCGCGUCAUUCUCCGUCUUCCUCCUCCCAACCGGCAUGCGCGGCGUCCAGAAUCCGCUCUUGGCGCUGUCCCCGCUGGGCGUUGAGGAGUUUCCGCGCAUGGAGGCGCUCUUCGCGUACCUCUACAGCGCCGUCCCCUGCGCGCUGGCGGCGGCGUACUUGAGGCUCGCGGUCAAGGCGGCCGAAAAGCCCGCCCUGGAUUCCGCGUCCGCUGCCGCGCCGCCGCCCAGGUGGACCAUCCACGACAGCAGGAAAGGCAUAGUCGAUGUCGAAACGGGCGAGUACGGCGUCCACUUCGACUGCGGCCCCAACCCGAGCACGGGCAACGUGGAGCUGAGGGUGGCGUGGGACUCCCUCGAGGAUGCGGAGGGCGGUGGGAAGAAGAAAGUGCACAUGGACUGGACCUGGCCUGGGACGGGGGCAAAUAUCAACACGGUUCUUAAGAAGCUGCUGUCGAGCGGCCCUCCGGAAGCGGACGAUUAGGACAGUCCUCCGGGCCAGAAAUGAGACAUCGCUUGUUCAUUUUCCGGUGAUGUGCCUUCAUGUGUCAUGUGUCAGACGACCAAGUAUCACGGCGAUCACUGGUAUUCUCCAUAGCCGAUCAUAGUGGCCAUCACUGCAGCCACGAUAGUCUUGAAGUUGUCGAAGAUUCGGAACACACAAGCUGGGUGACAGGUCCAGAAUUGAUACGACCGUUCUCAGCCAAGACACGUAAUAUAUAAUAAACACCAAACACUCAUAGCUUCAGCUAAAUUCCGUACAUAUUGCGCCUCAAGUGCCUCAGUCUAAGGAGCAUCCCAAGCAAGCCUCAGAACGCAUAGAAGAGUAGGCAGGAAUCAGAGGUCAGCUCCCCUCCGUAAGACUUCAUCGGAUUUGUACCACGCCACGUUCUUCAUUCACAACUUCCCACCAUGCACCCAAGCAUAUA